AUGAAUUAUCUGAGAUUUUUGGUAUUUGUUUAUCUUUUCUUAGAGGUCUUUGCACAGGACCAAAUACUUCUUGGAGGGUCUAAGGCAAUUGGAGGUAUCCAGGAAAGAAUAUACUCCGCCUUACCUGGCAUCUUCAAUAGGCCUGAGACAAAGAACGAUACGGACACAGAGUCACAGAAAAUACCGCAAAACUCCACAGAAACCUCCGUAAAAGAACAAAAGGAAGAGAAUACAAACGAGGAAGAAAAUGAAGUUAGGGGGAAUCUAAGAGUGAGAAGUGAGACUCAAACGAAGACAAAGAAACAGCUCAGAAAGGAACUGAUCGAUGGCAGCUUCAAAGAGUUCAUGGAAAUGGUGGAGAAAGAGGUGGAAGCAGUUGGACAAGUUCCAAUGGACCAUUAUGAUCCCGACAUCUCCGUUGUUAUUCCCGUUGCUUUUGAUGAUUUGAGGUCGUUCCCUGUUCUGCUCUCAGUAUUAAGACUGCAAACCUUAAGGCCAGAGGAGAUCAUUCUCGUACUAGACUUUCCAGAACACGAAGCUGAGGCCAGGGCUAAGGCGUUAGAAGAAGUUAAGAAAUAUAGUAGCAGCUUGAGGAAUCUAAGACCAUUCUUUAGGGUACCUCCACCCCCUCCAAACCACAGAGCAGGUUCAAAUAGACUCUAUGGGGCAUCAAAGGCCAAAAAUGAAAUCAUCGUCUUCUUUGACAGUGACGAUCUGAUGCAUCCACAAAGAAUUGAAUACAUCUCUAGGGCGUUUAGAGCAAACAAAGACAUGGAUGCCUUCCUGACCGAGUACUUUGUGGAACAGAUGGAUACUACAGAACAAGCAAAGGAGAUGCCAACCAAGUCUAUGGAAGACAUUAAAACAAAGUACGACCUUGAUAAAAUUGAGAGAGAAGGAAAACUGUUGAGAAACUCUUAUGAAGAAGAAUUCAAAGAAGCUGAAAAAGCUGUUAAAGAGUAUGGUCUAAAGUGUCCAUGGGAUCCAAACGAUAGAAUGACCGAGAUCAACUGGCCAGAAACACAUGGUUGGUGGCUCUAUUGCUGCCAUAAUGGAUGGCUAACAGUUAAGAGGAGUGUAUUGAUAGAGGUUCCGUACCCGGACAAAACUUAUGGAGAAGAUUCCCUAUAUGUUUUUAGACUUCUAAUGAGUAGAAAGAAUGUAGGCCACAGUACUGUUCCUCUAGGAGUCUAUGUUCUUGGAAAUACAUAUAUGGUUAGAUAA